UACACGUUCUGUUUCACUGCUGUAGGGCACAUGACAUCAGAAGAACAAUGGACACCAGGUCUAUCAUAAAAGCUUCAGCGUUCCUCAUCUUGACCCUGAUCAGCACUCCAUCCAAUAUCGCCAUCUGCUGUGCUUUCCUGGAAAUGCUGCUAACUGAUGGCAAACUCAUGGCCACCGAUGUCAUCCUCCUUCACCUGGCACUGGUUAACCUGAUGGUGGCGCUGUCCCGCAGUGUCCCACAGACGCUAACUGCAUUUGGGUGCACUAAUUUAUUUGAUGAUUUGGGCUGUAAAGUUAUUUUCUUCUGCUUUCGCCUUUUCCGUGGCCUUUCCAUAAGCCUCACCUGUCUGCUGAGUGUAUACCAAGCUGUCAUCAUCUCCCCUGCCAUCACCAAGCUAGCAGUGCUGAAAACUGGACUGUCAAAGGGUUUGGUGCCCUUAAUCAUAUUUCUCUAUGCCUUUUGCAGUGCUACAUGUGUCUACCCAAUUCUUUUCGCUGUGUCUAAACUGAUAAACAACACUGUGCCACCUUAUACGUAUAACUUGGAAUACUGCUUUAUUCCUUACCCAGAUGCAGCCUCCUAUGUCUCAGCAGGCCUCAUAAAUUUCUUUAGAGAUUUUGUGUUCAUCUUACUGAUGGCCAUCAUGAGCAUUUAUAUUCUGAUACUUCUCUACCAACAUGGCAAAAAAGUUAAAAGCAUCAGGAGCUCCGAUCGGGGUCAUUCAGAAGCAAGACCAGAAACCAAAGCAUCUCGAGCUGUGGUCACUUUGGUCAUCCUCUAUGUCAUUUUCUUUGGAGUUGACAAUAUCAUCUGGCUGUACUCAUUGUCUGUCUUGAGGGUGGCAACACUUAUUAAUGAUAUUCGAGUCUUUUUUGCCACACUUUACACUUCUGUGUGCCCAGUUGUUGUCAUUGCCACCAAUCCAAAGGUUAAAAUGAAGCUGAAAAGGUACAGCUUGAAGAGACUCCCUCAAUUGAUGAAGACCAUUAAUCCUGCUAUGUAA